CCCCGGGACGGAGGAGGCCGCCACCAAAGUGGAAGCCAACCUUGGGGAGAGGGGAGGCUGAGCUGAGCCGAGAGAGGAAACGAGAAAGACGAGACCAGGUUGAGAGGGAGAGGAGGCAGGGCCCAGACGGGGGCGUCCUCGGGGAAUCCCAUAUCUGGGCAGCACACAGAGAGGCCGGGGCAGAUGGUGGACAAAGCCCAGGGGUGGGGUGCUAAGGGUCAGGAACGGCUUCUAGAAGUGACAGUCCCUGAAGACCACCAGAAAGUCUUUUCGUGUUUUACCUACAUGUGGAAUUGUUUUCAUUCUCGCAACCUGUUGGUCAGCACUAGAAUUAUCUCCAUUUUCAGCCCAGAAAUGCGGCCCACAGAGAAGUGACUUGCCCAGGCUUUGUGUGGGCUUUGGAGUUAGGCCAGAGGAGAAACUGGAGCCUGUCUGGGGCACGUUCCUUAAACUUUCGGGGGUUUGAGUGACCUCACUUAUAGUGCGGAGAUCCUGGGCUCCACCUCACAGAUUGGGGUCAAGGUGAGAAGUACUAACUAGUGUGUUGAAAAUGCCUGGCCCCGAGGUUUGCAGGAGGUGCUCCAAGCCUAGGAGGGUGUGUCCAGACACACCCUGGGUGGUGUGGACCCCUUGCUGUCCUGGAGCAGAGGCUCAGGUGACGUGGGAUUAAUUUCCAUGGCUGCAGAGAGGGAGGUGUAGAGUCAUUCCAGGUUUAGUGAAGCCAGAGAGAGGAUGGCCCUCCCCACAGUGCUGCCUGCCUUUUUUCUCUGGACCCUUAACUUGGGGGUGGCAGUGGCAGUGGAGGCACCACACUGCUCCUAGUCUCUGUCUUUGUGCCCUAGGUGCUCGCCUGGCAGGCUUGGGGUUUCCCUGAGAGAAGUGUGAUGAGGCCUCCCUGGCUCUGCCACUUAGCUCACUUCGGGGGCACCAAGGGCAGCCCCAGCUUGGGACUGAGCUUCUGUGGAGACUGGAAGCUGUGUAAGGGGGCCUGUGCAGAGCCCAGCUCUGUGCUUCUCCUUGUGAUGGAUGUGUGUGGCUCAGAGUUGGGACAGGGAGCCCUCCUGAUAACUGGGUGGAUUUCCUCCAUGUUGGCUGGACACUCCUCCCCUAGCUCUCCAUUGGCUCAUCCUGGCCUCAUGCCUCACCUGUUGGGAUGUGUCUGGACUCUACUGUCCCUGGAAGGUUGUUUGGUCUGGCAGGCACCUAGGCAAGGGCCUCUUGUAUCUGUGGGCUUAACGUUGGGGUCUCAUUCUAGGUAUUUCUGAAUCUCUGGUGUCUGCCUGUUCACUGUGUGCAGUUUUGGAAUCUGAGUCUCAGGCGAACCUUUGGUGACCCAGCAUACUGUACCUGUCCAAAAGUGCCCCACCACAGCACCCCUGCCACAGUCUACCCGUUAGCAAAGCAAGAUAUCUGAAUGGGAGUUCCAGGCUCUUUCCUCACCUCCCAGCUCUCUCAAAACUUCCUCCUCAAUAGCCCUCAUUGUGGCACUUCCUGUCCAUUCCUUCAUCCAAAUACCUGGGCUGCAGCAGUGACCCCUGGUGACCUUGGCUCUGUCUCAGUCCCUUGCCUUCAUCCUUCGCACCUUAGCCAGAGUGAGUGAUCUGGUUCUUGUACUCGCCCUGAAACCCUCCCUCUUCUAUCCCUGGCCCCACCCCACCACCUCUUUACCACACUGAACCCUGUGUGGAGGUGGAAGGGAGAGAGUGAACCACCCCACCCCUUCUUGCUCCAUGGCCUUGGGCAGGAUGUUGCCAGCACAGCAGGCUGAGAAAGGGGCAGGAAAUUUGGCUUCCACAGAUGGUCCCAUGGAGGAAGAGCAAGUGCUGGGUCGACUUUGAGAAGUGUGUGCAUCCUGGGGAACACCACCGCAGUCCAGGCUGGUGGAGCUGCCCUCCUGAAGACAACUGCCAAACCCGCUGUGCUCUCUCUCAGUGCCCUGGCUGCUCAGAGCCUCACCCCCAGGCACCAUGUCUAGGACCCCAGGACUCUAAGUACACACCCUGCCCUGGCUUCUAGGCAGCUGCUGAGCCCGCCCUCCUGCCACACCUUCUUGUUAGUGCUUAUGCACUGACCCUGGGAGACAGACAGGAGGAGGCAGAGGGCAGGGAAAGCCAGGCCAUGGCUUCUCCCAGGCCCCACCCAGGCUUCUGAGGCUUGGAAGGAAAGGGGGCCUCUAGGACUCCCAGGGUCUCCCAGGGUCCUCUGCCCAUUGCCCUGCCCUCCUUUCUCCUUCGGUGAGCUGCCAGGAAGCUGCAACUUUGUUAUCUGGGUGAUUAGCUGCAGACCCUGGACUAAGGCUGACAGGUCCUGUUGCUUCCCACAGGCUGUGCACCCUGACCCCAAGAGGGAGGGAGGAAGGCCCUGCCCUUGAGCAGCCAAGCUACCAGGGCUCCUGAGAGGUGGCUGCUAGCCCUCCCACGCUGCCUUUUCUGCCAGGGGCCUGUGCCCCUUGGGCUGCCUGGGCCUGGUCGCGGAGUGGAACCUCCUGACCCAGCCUUGCCAGGGGCAGAGGGCACCAAGCUUUGACGAGGGGAUGCCCCCGAGGGUGCCAGUCCAGCCAGCUGCCCCACCCCUCAGGCCCAGCCUGGCUCCCUUGUUCCCCCGUCUGGUGCCCCGAGCAGCUCCCCCGGCAGGUAGCCCCCACCAUGGCCGAGCACCUGGAACUGCUGGCAGAGAUGCCCGUGGUGGGCAGGAUGAGCACCCAGGAGCGGCUGAAGCAUGCCCAGAAGCGCCGUGCCCAGCAAGUGAAGAUGUGGGCCCAGGCUGAGAAGGACGCCCAGGGCAGAAGGGGCCAUAGGGAGCGGCCACGGAAGGAGGCAGCUGUUGGCCGACCGCAGAAGCGUGUCCUCUUCCCUCCCAGCGUCACCCUUCUUGAGGCUGCUGCCCGAAAUGACCUGGAAGAAGCUGCAGCACAGCAGUCAGCCCAGGUACCCUCAGUCCACCAGUUCCUUGAGAGUGGGGUCAGCCCUGACCUGGCCAACGAGGACGGUCUGACAGCCCUGCACCAGCACCCUGUCCACCUUCCCUGCAGUGGUGCUGAUCUCUUGGCGGUCAACACUGAUGGUAACAUGCCCUAUGACCUGUGUGAGGAUGAGCAGACACUGGACUGCCUUGAGACGGCCAUGGCUGACCGUGGCAUCACUCAGGAUGGCAUCGAGGGGGCCCGGGCCUUGCCAGAGUUGCACAUGCUAGAGGACAUCCAGAGUCUACUGCAGAUGGGGGCCGACCUGGAUGCCCCUGGGGACCAUGGGGCCACGCUGCUACACAUUGCCGCUGCCAAUGGGUUCAGCGAGGCUGCUGCCCUGCUACUGGAACACCAGGCCAGCCUGAGCGCCAAAGACCGCGACGGCUGGGAGCCACUGCAUGCUGCGGCCUACUGGGGCCAGGUGCACCUGGUAGAGCUGCUCGUGGCACAUGGCGCCGACCUCAACGGGAAGUCCCUGAUGGAAGAGACGCCUCUUGAUGUGUGCGGGGACGAGGAGGUUCGGGCCAAGCUGCUGGAGCUGAAGCACAAGCAGGACGCACUCUUGCGGGCCCAAGGUCGCCAGCGCUCUCUGCUGCGUCGCCGCACCUCCAGUGCUGGCAGCCGGGGGAAGGUGGUGAGGCGUGUGAGUCUGACCCAGCGCACCAGCCUGUACCGAAAGGAGCAUGCCCAGGAGGCCAUUGUGUGGCAACAGCCACCUCCCACCAGCCCAGAGCCCCCUGAGGAGGAGGAGGAUGGCCAGACAGACACCGAGCUCAGGCCACCGCCCCCUGAGGAGGAAGACGCCGAAGUGUCCAGGCCACACAACGGCCGAGUUGGGGGCACCCUGGGACGGCACCUAUACUCCAAACGGCUGGACCGGAGUGUCUCCUACCAGCUGAGUCCCCCAGAGAGUAUGGCCCCUGACACCCUGGGCCGGGCCAAGGCCCACCACACCUUGGCGGAGCUCAAGCGGCAGCGAGCAGCUGCUAAGCUGCAGCGUGGGCCUGAGGCCCCUGGGUCUGGUCCGCCUUCGGACAUGGAGAUGCCCCAGCCCGAGUGUGGCUCCAGGGCUGGUGGAGACCCACCCCUGCUCAAGCUCACAGCCCCCUCCGAGGAGGCUUCCAUGGAGAAGAGACCAUGCUGCCUGCUCAUGUGAGGGGCUGGCU